AUGGGGCCAUGGGGGGACGGGGAUGGGGACGCGCUGCCCACCCCCUGCCCUGCUCCCAGGGGAGAUCAAGAAGGGGAAGGUGUCGGGCGGCCACAGCUGGGUGCAGCUCUACCGGCUGGAGAAGCUGGGGCAGCUCAACUACCUGAGCUACAGCUACGACGGGCCCUGGGACACCUUCCCCGACGUCCUGGCCCUGCAGUACCGCUGGGACGGGCACCUGAAGAGCAUCGGCUCCACCUUCAUGGGCUCCAGCCCCGAGUUCGACCUGGCGCUCUACACCCUGUGCUACAAAGCCCGGCCCGACCGCGAGUGAGCUGG